CUCCAGUGGGACUGUGACCCCUGUCUCCCUUCUUGGUGGUUGGGGUUAGUGUAGGAUCAUGGCUGCUUCAAAGCCUGUGGAGCCAGGUACGGGGGGCGGUCUGUCUCGCUGGCAACUAGCUUUGGUUGUAGGGGCACCGAUCGUUAUUGUGGCUGGCUCUCUGUAUUUAUGGAACCGGCGGAGAGCGGGUAAGAACAGCAAGGGGAGGAAAACUCCAGAAGGCAGAGCAAGUCCGGUGGUUGAGCGUCUGGAAUCAGCGCAGGUCAUGCAUCAGAACCAGAACCCCGAAGAGUUGAGCCCACAAGACCGAGCUCAGUCUGCAAAAAACAAAGGAAACAAGUACUUCAAGGCUGGAAAAUAUGAACAAGCUAUCCAGUGUUAUACUGAAGCUAUAAAUCUGUGCCCUCCCAACCAAAAAACUGACCUUUCCACAUUCUACCAGAACAGGGCUGCUGCGUAUGAACAGUUGCAAAAAUGGAAAGAAGUGUCUGAGGACUGCACUAAAGCAGUGGCGCUCAAUCCCAAGUAUGUUAAAGCCCUUUUCCGACGUGCAAAGGCGUACGAGAAACUAGAUUUGAAGAAAGCAUGUUUAGAAGAUGUUACAGCUGUAUGCAUUCUAGAGGGCUUCCAGAAUCAGCUCAGUAUGCUACUAGCUGACAAGGUAUUGAAACUUCUUGGGAAAGAGAAAGCCAAAGAAAAAUACAAGAACCGGGAACCUCUGAUGCCCUCUCCACAGUUUAUCAAGUCUUACUUCAGUUCCUUCACAGAGGAUAUAAUCUCUCAGCCACUGUUAAAAGGAGAGAAAUCUGAUGAAGAUAAAGACAAAGAAGGAGAAGCUGCAGAGGUCAAAGAAAGCUCUGGGUACUUAAAGGCUAAGCAGUACAUGGAAGAAGAGAACUAUGAUAAAAUUAUCAGUGAGUGCACGAAGGAGAUAGAAGCAAAUGGAAAAUAUAUAGCAGAAGCCUUGUUACUGCGAGCUACCUUCUACUUACUAAUUGGCAAUGCUGCAGCAGCUAAUCCAGACCUCGAUAGGAUUAUCAGCAUGGAAGAUGCAAAUGUCAAGCUUCGUGCAAAUGCAUUGAUAAAACGAGGCAGCAUGUAUAUGCAGCAGCAGCAGCCAAAUUCUUCUACUCAAGAUUUCAACAUUGCUGCAGAGAUUGAUCCACAGAAUGCAGAUGUCUACCACCAUCGUGGCCAGUUAAAGAUCUUGCUUGACCAAGUGGAAGAAGCCGUUACAGAUUUUGAUGAAUGUAUCAGACUUCGACCAGACUCUGCUUUAGCACAGGCCCAGAAGUGCUUUGCAUUGUAUCGCCAGGCCUACACAGGAAAUAAUCCUUCACAAAUCCAGGCAGCAAUGAAAGGUUUUGAGGAUGUCAUCAAAAAGUUUCCAAGGUGUGCAGAAGGUUAUGCACUUUACGCACAGGCACUGACAGACCAGCAGCAGUUUGGUAAAGCAGAUGAAAUGUAUGAUAAAUGCAUUGAGCUUGAACCGGAUAAUGCCACUACAUAUGUUCACAAGGGGUAAGUAAUA